CGCAAAGGACGCCGGGAACCAGCGAGAUUUACAUCAUAGCCCUGAGUACAGUCCUGUAGGUUGGCCUCCUUCCGUUGAUCAUUCGGCCCCACAUGAUCAGCAGAAGGCCAACCUCCACGACUGUACUCAGGGCUACCUACAUCAUUGAUGGAAGCUACUUCAAGCCUUAACUAGACUGACUGGGUACUUCUGCUUGUACGACACACACCUACCUAUCACAGGAGCAUGAAGCUAAGUCCAAAGGAAAUCGAGGGAUUAUUGAUCCACCAGGCUGGAUUUCUGGCCCAAAAACGACUGGCACGGGGCGUAAGACUCAAUUAUCCAGAAGCGGUUGCACUCAUUGCAUGUCAGAUACAGGAGUAUAUACGAGAUGGCCAGCAUUCAGUGGCUCAAUUGAUGGACAUGGGAAGCCGCAUGUUAGGUUGUCGGCUGGUUCAACCCGGUGUACGUGAUAUGAUUCCAGAGAUCCAGAUUGAAGCCACAUUUCAAGAUGGUACUAAGUUAGUCACUGUACAUGAUCCAAUCAGUGUAGUGAAUGAGUUUGGUAACCUAGAAUUGGCCCUUUAUGGUAGUUUUUUACCAGUUCCAGAUACUAAAUUGUUUGAAGGAAAGGAUGAUGAUGCUACUGUACCAGGCCAGUACAUCAUCUCAGAUGCCAAGCCAAUUGAAAUCAACAAAGGACGAGAGACAAAAACUAUUAAAGUUACAAGUUUAUGCGAUCGCCCAAUCCAAAUUGGCAGUCAUUAUCAUUUCAUUGAAGCCAAUAAAUAUUUGAAAUUUGACAGAUCUGCAACUUAUGGCAUGAGAUUGAACAUAGCAGCCGGAACUGCAGUUAGAUUCGAGCCCGGAGAGGUGAAAGAUGUAUCGUUAGUUGAAAUACAAGGAAACAAAGUAAUUCGAGGAGGAAAUGCUUUAUGUGAUGGUGAUGGAAACUUGGAAGCAAUCAUGGAUAGAAUUAAGAAAAAGGGAUUCCACUCUGAGUCACAGAGUGAUAGUGAGAAGAGCCAGCAGUCAUCAGCCCCUGUCACAAUAUCCCGCAGUGCUUAUGCCACUACAUAUGGACCCACACUUGGUGACAAGGUUCAGCUUGGUGACACCAGUCUUAUUGUGGAGGUGGAGAAAGACUUCACAGUAUACGGAGAUGAAUGCAAAUUUGGUGGAGGAAAGGUGUUACGUGAAGGUAUGGGUCAAGCAGCUUUGGCUAGAGAUGUAUUAGACACUGUCAUCACCAAUGCUCUGAUUAUUGACGCUGUCACAGGAAUCAUUAAAGCAGAUAUUGGAAUCAAGAAUGGUAAAAUAUUUGGAAUAGGAAAAGCUGGUAAUCCUGAUGUAAUGGAUGGUGUUACACCGGGAAUGGUUGUUGGAGUCGGUACUGAAGCCAUCUCUGCAGAAGGAUUAAUUGUAACUGCUGGUGCUUUGGACUGUCACGUUCAUUUCAUUUGCCCCCAGCUGGUAAGGGAGGCUGUAGCCUCGGGAAUCACCACCAUGUUUGGAGGUGGUACUGGCCCAGCAACUGGAACCAAUGCCACAACCUGUACUCCAGGGCCUAAUCAUAUAAAAAAUAUGAUUAAAAGCACGGAAGCAUUCCCACUUAACUUUGGUUUUAUUAUAGGUAAAGGAAACACUUCCAAUUGUUCGGAGUCUGUGGAUGAACUUGUAGAACAACUGAGUGCUGGUGCAAUUGGAUUAAAACUACAUGAAGAUUGGGGUUCCACACCGUGUGCUAUCGACACUGCACUCAGGGUUGCUGAGAAGUAUGAUGUAUGUGUUAUGAUUCAUACAGAUACGCUGAAUGAAUCGUGUUGUGUAGAAGACACCAUUGAAGCUUUCAAGGGUAGGACAAUUCACACAUACCAUUCUGAAGGUGCUGGUGGAGGUCAUGCACCAGAUAUUAUACGUGUGUGCGGCGAAUCCAAUGUCUUGCCCUCAUCAACCAAUCCAACAAGACCCUUCACUUGUAACACAAUUGAUGAACAUCUGGAUAUGUUAAUGGUCUGCCAUCACCUGGAUAAAAAUCUGAAAGAGGAUGUGGCAUUUGCUGAGUCUCGUAUCCGAGCGGAAACCAUAGCGGCUGAAGACAUCUUGCAUGACAUGGGCGCUAUAAGUAUGAUAUCCUCAGAUUCGCAGGCAAUGGGUCGUAUUGGUGAGGUCAUCUGUCGCACCUGGCAGACAGCAGAUAAGAUGAAAAGGUUCAGAGGAAAAUUACAAGAAGAAACGGCUGGUAAGAUGGCAGACUUAGUUUUGUGGCAUCCAGCAUUUUUUGGUGCAAAACCCGAAAUUAUUGUUAAAGGUGGCCAUAUUGCUUGGGCACAAAUGGGUAUGCCGAAUGCUUCCAUUCCGACACCACAGCCAGUGAAACAACGCAAAAUGUUUGGCGCCUAUGGUAAAUCCAUUGGUAACACAAGUGCUAUAUUUGUAUCCAAGUUAUGUGCCGAGAGUGGGGUAGCUUCAACUUAUGGAAUUGACAAGUCGGUAAUAGCUGUUGAAGGUUGUCGUAAUUUGUCGAAGAAAGAUAUGAUACUGAAUGAUUAUUUACCAGUAAUAACAGUUAAUCCAGAAACUUACAAGGUCCAUGUUAAAGAUCGAGACACAGAAGAAACAACGUUAUUGACAUGUCCACCAGCGACUAAGUUACCAUUAGCACAAAGAUAUUUUCUUUUCUGAGGUAGCUUCGAAAUUAGAAUCAUUUCUAGUCAUAUAUACAUUUGAUAGCUGCGAAUGUGAGUUUUUUUGUUUUGUUUUUUUUAGCUCAAACAAAAUUGAGUUAAUGAUGUCAUUAAAGUCAGAUAAUGGGUAGUUGAUGUCAGAUGGCCAUAGCGUGUCAUUGUUUACAAACAAGCGUCCACCCAUGAGCCUUUGUAUUUUUAGGGUGUGUUGUUAUCGUCGCUUGGAACUCUUUUCCUGCGUGUACGUAGCUGACGAUCCUCGUAAUCAAGAAACGAAACAUUUAAAGUACUCUUAGUAACAUUAUACACAGUUAAGGGUUUGCAUGGCUUAACAAAUUUAAAAUGUUGAUCUCAAAAGCAGGUGAUUGAGAAGACUUGAGUUUCCAGUUUCAAUUUUUGCACUGGAUUUGAAUUUGUAAAAUUUGUUCAUAGUAUUCCAAUAACACAAACAAUUUUAUCUGACCAAUUUCAAAUUUGAGAAUUGCAUCGAUCUCUAUGAAAUGUCAACCAACUUCAAUUUGGGUGUAACUAGCUUGUGCAAUUUUUAAAAUUUGACUGAAAUAACACAUUUUUAGACUAGAAAAAAGUGGACAGAAUGAAGACAGGCUGCUGAUAAUGAGAACCAGAUGUUAGUAAUAUGCUCCCCAACUCUGUCUAUUACUUAUAAGUGUAGUGAACUGAUAUGUUAUGGGUAUGAAUAAAAAAAGUGACAACGUCACCCUUUUCAAA